AUGGGCAGCACAGGAAUAGUCACCAUAGAGUCCCCAGAGUCUGCAGUGUGCUACGAGUCUGAGCCUGAACUGAAAUGCACAUUGGAGGAGAAGACAGACAGCAGUGGCUGGAACAUGAGCAGGCAAAAUAGUCGCUUUGAGCUCAACGAGGGCAGCGUGGUGAAACUGAACCACACAUGUACCACAAAGGAAAACAUGUCUUGUGUUGCAGUCAAACUCCAGAAGGUGACAGGCAUCUGGGCAGGCUUAUACGAGUGCGGAUUCACCAAGGGGUCAGUCAGGCACACAGCCAAGACAGAGCUGAAAGUGGCACUCCUACCUGAUGAGAUCACCAUGAUGAUCAACCCUCUUACAGCAGACUGUAGCACUGAACAGACUUCGGCUCCGAAUAUAAUGGCCAGUGCCACCAUCCUUAAAAGCGAUGAGACCUAUAAAGUUCUGUGGACCUACAUGAAUAAAACUCAGUCUAUUUCAAGUAACAUGACUGUUGGAGAUAAUCUGGUCUAUACUGUUAAUGUUUCUGUCAAAUGCAUUAGAGCUAAACAAAGUGUUGGUAUCACUUUUAAGAACACGAAGAACCAAGAAAAAAAUGCAAGUGUGGAUAUCCCAGUAAUUUAUGAUGGUGACAAAACUUGCCCUGAAGAGAUCCCUUGGCCAACAACUCCAGCCGGAGACACAGUGACAAUUCAAACAUGUGCAGAGGACAGGGUUGGCAAUAAGUCACGCACUUGUGAUCAGACUUCUGUUUGGCAGUCGGUGAUCUCCAAUUGCGUCAGUGAAGAGUUGAACAAAGUGUUAAAUUCUGCAGAUAACUUUGCAAAGGGACUUGGGGCUACACAAAAGGAGGCCAAGAAUAUAUUUGAAGGACUUAAGAACAGCUCUACAUUAAAGUCUGAUUCCGAUUUAAUGGCUGACUUAAGCGCUUCCAUCAAUGUUCUUAAUGUGAUGGCCAGUGCAUCAGAAAAUUUUGCCUUGCAAGAGGAUGUCUUGCCGGAUUUUGUUAAUGCAGCAAGCAAUAUGUUGAGCACGAACUGGAGUAGUAUCAGUCAAUCUACUGUUCAGCAAAUGUCAGCAAAUUACCUGCAGUCUGUGGAGGGUCUUGUGAAGAAUAUCAAGGUUAACAAUACGAAUGAAAUCAAAAGUCAAAAUUUAGAUCUACAAUUCUGCCCAAGUAAUGACUGUAAUGUGUCUGUGUUUGACGUCAACGUAAGUCUAAACAAGACCAACGGCAUAAUGAAAACUGUUGCUAUGAAAAAUCUAAUGGAGAAAUUAAAUAACAACUUUGCUAAAACAGAAGCUAUCAGCCUCCUUCUAUCAGCCACACUGGAGGACAACAAUGAUUCAUCCUUAACAAUUGAACUAGCGUUCCCCAACCAGCACAGUGACAGAAAACCUCGCUGCGUCUUCUGGAACACCACUAAGGGCGAAUGGUCAGAUGCCGGAUGUUUUUUUAUCAACAGAACUGAUGUAAACCACACAGUCUGCAUGUGCAACCACCUGACUUCAUUUUCUGUCCUCAUGGCCAAGGGCGAUGUAUCUACAGAUGUUCUGGAUAUCAUUACCAAUGUGGGCCUUGGUGUGUCCAUCUGCUCCUUGUUGAUCUUCCUCAUCAUUGAGUCUCUAGUGUGGUCAGCUGUGGUCAAGACCAACCUUUCACAUUUCCGUCACACAGCCAUAGUGAACAUUUCCAUAUUUCGCUUGCUUGCUGACUGCAGUUUCCUGGCGUCCAGCAAUCCUGAGAAGAUCAGUGACACCUGGUGCCUAGUUCUUACAGUAUGCAAACACCUGUUUUACUUGGCUAUGUUCAGCUGGAUGCUGUGCCUGAGUGUCAUGCUCGUCCACCAGCUCAUCUUCGUCUUCAGCCCGCUGAGGAAAAGAGUCUUCAUGUUCUUCUCCAGCAUCGUAGGCUAUGUUUGCCCAAUCUUAAUUGUGGGAUCCAGCUAUGUGUACUGCAAAUACACCGACAAGCCCUACUAUACAAAGGAGAAAGGCUGCUGGCUAGUUUAUGAAAAACUCUUGGAGGGUUCCAUACAUGCUUUCCUCCUCCCUGUGGGAACUGUUAUUUUGACAAAUCUCUUUUCCAUGGUGGUCGUCAUUUUUACUUUAAUGAAGUCCUCGGCCCCUGAGGGCAGCAAGACAGAUGACAAGGAGACAGUCAAAAGCAUUCUUAAAGUGGUGGUCUUUCUAACGCCUGUUUUUGGAGUAACAUGGAUCAUUGGCUUUGCUCAGCUCCUACUGAAUGACACUAAUCCCAUGUAUGAAGUUGUUCUCUACAGUUUCACCAUCCUCAAUUCCUUCCAGGGCCUUUUCAUUUUGAUAACAGGAUGUUUUGCAGAGCAGAAGGUACGAGAGGAAGUGAUAAAGCUCAUAAUGGCAAAAUCAAGAGGAAAAAGUGAGAGCAUGAAGAAUUUGACUGCAACCACAUACACAAAAGAAAAAUGAAGACCCAGAUUGGGGAGACGGAAACAGCAACUCAACAGCAACUUACAUGUAUGCAGCUCCACUUGUAGCCUACAACUGUUAGAGUCAACCUGAUCUCACAGAAAUACGUG